AUGAGACCCCUCGCCACCGCCCAACUGCUGAUCUUGCUAUCCCAGGCAACCCCCCUCGUCACUUCCCAAGACUCAUCUUCCUCAUGCUUAGAUUACUCCAUCCGCUCCCGCACCCGUCACCCCCCCUUCUCCCCCGGCCGGCACGCCCUCUCCUCCGCCCGCCCCUCUCCCUCGUGCCGGACCUUCAACCUCUCCUCCCUCGAGUCUCUCCUCGGCACCCUCCCCAUCGCCGACCCCGACCUCCUCCGCCUCUGGCAAAACACCUACCCCAACACCCUCGACACAGCCAUCAAAUGGCACGGCCAUUCAAACUCUCCGGAUAGCGAAGAAGAACUGACCUUCAUCAUCACAGGCGACAUCAACGCCAUGUGGCUCCGCGACAGCGCCCGCCAGCUGCAGUCCUACCUCCCCUUGCUGACCCCCUCACCCUCAUCUGACUCCCUGGCGAGCCUCUUCCGUGGAACGGUGAACACCCAGGCAAGAAAUGUCCUCUCAGCUGGGUACUGCAACUCGUUCCGCCCGCCCCCCGAGUCAGGCGUCAUUUCGGACGAGGAGGGCGGGGACAAAGACGUGGUGCGUCCGGAGUAUGACAGGGCUGAGGUUUUUGAGUGCAAGUGGGAGGUCGACUCGCUGGCUUCGUUUUUGGAGUUGUCGAGGGAUUAUUACUUUUCCACGCACGAUAUCGAGUUUUUUCGCCGACAAGGAAAUUGGACUGGGGCGGUGAGGAGGGUGGUGGAGGUGGGGAGGGGGAUGCAGAGGGGGACGACGUAUGGGGCUGAUGGGAGGGUGCUGGGGAGUGGGUAUAGCUUUGCGAGGAUGACGACGCGGUCGACCGAGACGUUGGCGAAUGAUGGGGCGGGAAGCCCUGUUGCUUCGGGGACCGGGUUGGUCAGGAGUGCGUUUAGGCCUAGUGAUGACGCGACGACGUAUCAGUUUUUGGUGCCGGGGAAUAUGAUGUUUUGUGUGGCUUUGGCGGGGGCGGCAGUGAUUGCCGAGGAUUUAGGGGAGCAAGAGCUAGCGGAGGAGAUGAGGGCUUUUUCGAGAGAGGUGAGGGAGGGGAUUGAGAAGUUUGGGGUUGUGGAGGUGGUGGGGGAGGAUGGGGUGAGCAAAGAAAAGGUGUACGCGUAUGAGGUGGAUGGGUUUGGGGGGGUGGUGCUGGGGGAUGAUGCGAAUCUGCCGAGCUUGCUGUCGGCGCCCGUGAUGGGGUACGUGGCCGGUAGUGAUCCGGUUUAUCAGGCUACGAGGAGACGGAUCCUCAGCAGGAGAAAUCCGUACUAUGCUGAUGGGGAGGUGGUCAGGGGGGUUGGGUCACCGCACACGGGCCCAGGCAAGGUUUGGCCUAUGAGUUUGGUGAUGCAGAUUAUGACGAGCGAGGAUGAUGAGGAAAUUAGGGGCGCGUUGAAACAAAUUUUAGGGAGUACGGAUGGGUUGGGGCUGAUCCAUGAAAGCAUUGACGGAUGGGAUAGCACAAAGUGGACGAGGGAGUGGUUCAGCUGGGCCAAUGGGUUGUUUGGGGCGAUGAUUGUGGAUUUGGCGAAAAGGAAAGAGGGUUUGUUGAGAGAGAGCUUCCAGUGA